AUGGGCAGCAACUCUGCAAUCUCCACUCGUUCAAAGAUACUACAACUAUUAGCAUGCUUCACAUUCUUUCUCGUCCUUCUUUUAUCCGUUACCCGCUUCAUUCUAGAUCCUCGAGAUCGAGCAAGGUGUAAUGGAAUGUUGAAUGAAGGAUGGUGGCUAGAGGAGCCGUAUACCAAAUGGCAGCCUUCAGGAUGUAUGCCACACACAUACAAUGCAAAGGAGAUCUCGACAUGUCUCAAUCACUCAAGGGUCCUUUAUGUUGGCGACUCGAUCAUGCGUGAGCAGUUUUACUCGUUGACACGGAUGGUGCGUGAGAUUGAUACCAAAGGACCCUUACACAUUGAUCGCAAGUACGAGUCAAAGGAGCAUGGAAUGACAUUCGAGUUUUGGUGGGAUCCAUAUAUCAACUCUACUCGCACGGUGGAGAUGCUCAACACUACCGAUCCUGACAACCGCCCAAGCUUGCUGGUCAUUGGUAGUGGCAUUUGGUAUAUGCGACAUCUCGGUGAUAGAUACUUUGAUGAAUGGCGAAAGGGUGUGGAUCGUGUGAUGGAUGCUGUACAAUCUUCAAGCAAGGUCGCUGAUGCUGUAUUAUUAUCCCCGGUCGAAAUCCCUCAAUUCGAUCGUCUCAACGCUGUACGACAACAACGAUUCACCAUGGAUAAGAUCAAUCGAAUGAACAACUACCUCAAAGGCAAGGAGCCCACCCUUGAUAUUCAAACACCAUUCGCUGUUCCUUUUGCUUGGAAUUCUAUUUGCUCGUCAACAGUCAACCAAACGGAUGAUGGCUUGCACUACAAGCCCACCGUAACCACGGUCCAGGCCACCUUGGGUCUCAAUUACCGAUGUAACGACUUGUUACCAAAGCACUUCCCCAUGGCCAAUACAUGCUGUAUGCAAUAUCCAACACCAGCCUGGUACCAAAACUUGAUUUUGUUGUACUUUUUACUUUGGAUCCCUAUUGGUUUCUAUGUCCUUAGCCCUGAUUCCCAUAUCCAAUUUAUGCGCCGCUUUUAUCCUUCUGAAACAACCACCCUGACAUCACUUUUCAUCUUUGGCUUGGGCGUGGUUUACAUGUACAUUGGUGACCGUUCUCAUUUGUUUGGCAAGCAUCUCAAGAAAUUUGAUGCAUCAACCUUUGGAUGGCUCAUGUUGGUUAUGGUUAUUGGUGGCAUCGUGAGCUUACGACGUAAAAAGGAGGGCGAUCAAGGAUUCCUCAAUCGAGCACAAACCGACGAGUGGAAGGGCUGGAUGCAGAUCAUUAUUCUUGUGUACCAUUUUACAGGUGCUUCCCAAACACCAGGCAUUUACAAUGCUAUGCGUGUGCUCGUAGCUGCCUACCUGUUCCAGACUGGCUAUGGUCACUUUUUCUUCUUUUACAAAAAGGCCGACUUUGGCAUGGCUCGUGUACUCAAUGUUAUGGUGCGACUCAACCUAUUGACCCUCGUACUCGAGUAUGUGAUGGACACCAACUAUCUCAGCUACUAUUUCACGCCCUUGGUCUCAUUCUGGUUCGGCGUGAUUUGGGUAACCAUGUACAUUGGCCAUAAACACAAUACCAAGGCGUGGUUCCUUUUCGCCAAGAUCCUGGUGAUGGGUGCUUUAACAGGAGUGUUUAUUCACGUGCCAGGUAUUCUUGAAGCAACGUUCCAGGCACUUGAGGUGUUGUUCAACAUUCAUUGGGACGCUGUUGAAUGGAGGUUCCGAUUGGCACUUGAUGCAUGGAUUGUUUAUGUUGGUAUGGUGUUUGCUUAUGCUACGCUCAAAUUCAAUGAGAACAAGUUACACGAGCACGCCCUUUGGUCACUUGCCAUCAAGCCCGUAUUGGCUAUCAUAUCAUGCCUCGCUUUAUGGUGGUUCUUUUGGUUCGAAUUGUCACAACCCAACAAACAAGCAUACACGUUGUAUCAUCCUUACAUCUCAUGGAUACCCAUUCUCGCUUUUAUCACUUUACGAAAUGCUACCGUUUUCCUUCGAAACACCACUUCCGGCUUUUUUGAAUUCAUCGGCAAAUGCUCCCUUGAGACUUUUAUCGGUCAAUUCCACAUGUGGCUCGCAGCAGACACCAAAGGCUUGUUGAUUGUCCUCACCGAUCCAUCAUGGGCAGUGGGUCUCGGCUGGUUCUUUAACCUCGCCCUUUCUAGCUGCAUCUUUAUGCUUGUAUGUUAUCACCUUAACCAAGCAACAGGCACUAUUACCAAAUGGAUUUGUUCAUCCGCAAAUAAUGCUUCAUUCUCCAACACAUCCUCAACGACAUCCUCCUCCAAUCAACAACAACAACAAGACGCCGUGCCACUUUUGCCAACCACGGUGCAAGAUAACGACGAUACCAAGCCUGAGGACGAUGAGACAUGGCAACAGCCCUUACCUUCAAAGCCAUCUUUAUGGCGCCGCGUCGCUGGCGACCUACGAGUGCGUUCAUUGCUAUUCCUUAUUUUCCUCGGCAUGAUCAACCAUCUCUGUUAA